CCUUCUCUUGCUUUCAGGUUAUGUGGGUAUGCAACUUGUGCCGAAAACAACAAGAAAUCCUCACUAAAUCAGGAGUGUGGUUCUACGACUCGGAACCCGGUCAGGGAGCCUCAGGGGACUUGACACCAGCGUCAGACAGAAGCAGACCUCACGGCGGGCUCCUGCCCAGACAGGCAUCCCUUGACAAUGGAACAGGGCUGAGGUACUCGGGGCCAAGUGAUGCACCCAUAGACAGGAAACGAAGCCCAUCUGCAUCCAGGGAUCCAAACCAAAAAUACGACCAAAGGGAGGGGGGAGACCACCCACAGUAUGCACCCACAGACGGCAGCAUGCCCAGAUCACCGUCAGACUAUGGGGAUGGGGACCCACGGCGGGUUCCGCAGGGCCCACACAUAUUCCCAGAUGUCGAUGCAAUGCGAAUGGGCUAUCGGGAGCGUCGGGGACCUGGCCGCUGGCACUCCCAGGAAUACCCCCUUGACCAAGAGCUAGAUGGACCACCCAGUGACUUUGACCUCCAGCGUCAGCGCCAGGAGGAGUUUCAGGCGCGGUAUCGCAGUGAUCCAAACCUGGCCCGCUAUCCUGUAAAGCCUCAACCCUACGAAGAGCAGAUGAGGAUGCACGCCGAAGUGGGCCGGAUGAGGCAUGAGCGUCGUCACAGUGAUGUCUCCCUGGCCUACACAGAACAGGAUGACCCUGGCCCAAUCAGACUGUCCCGCCAGCAUCUCACCGAGCGCCGGCUGCCUAUGGUAGGACAGCGCUCAUACUCUGUUGACCGAUCUUCCCCAGGACCCAUGGGUCCCGGCCUUGGAAGUCACAGAAGCUCAAACCGCAGCCCCCCAACGCCACAUCGAAGUCCUGUUCUUGGUGAUCGGUCAAGGGACCUGCGAAGAGGAGACCUAGGUGGUGGCGGGGAUCCUAUGAUGAGGCAGCAACACCACUUGGACCCCAAUUCAGCUCUCCGCAAGACCAAGAGGGAGAAGAUGGAGAGCAUGUUAAGGAAUGACUCUCUUAGCUCCGACCAGUCAGAAUCAGUGCGGCCCCCUCCCCCAAAGCCCCAUAAAACCAAAAAGGGUGGAAAGAUGCGGCAGGUGUCACUCAGCAGCUCAGAGGAGGAGCUGGCCACGACACCGGAGUACACAAGCUGUGAGGAUGUGGAGAUUGAGAGUGAGUCAGUCAGUGAAAAAGGGGAGAGUCAAAGGGGAAAAAGAAAAACUAUUGAGCAGGCAUUUAUAUCCGAGCCGACACACACCUUAUCUGAGAGGCAAAAGAAAAUGGUGCGCUUUGGGGGACACUCAUUUGAAGAGGACUUGGCAUGGUGUGAACCACAGGUUAAAGACUCGGGAGUUGAUACGUGCAGUAGCACUACCCUAAACGAGGAGCAUAGCCAUAGUGAGAAGCACCCGGUGACAUGGCAGCCAUCCAAAGACGGAGAUCGCCUUAUUGGCCGCAUUUUGCUCAACAAGCGUAUGAAAGAUGGAAGUGUACCUCGGGACUCGGGAGCUCUACUUGGUCUAAAAGUAGUUGGAGGCAAGAUGACAGAAUCUGGCAGACUUUGCGCUUUUAUCACUAAAGUGAGGAAAGGAAGUCUAGCAGACACAGUUGGACACCUCAGACCAGGUGACCAGGUUCUGGAAUGGAAUGGACGGAUUUUACAAGGAGCCACAUUCAAAGAAGUUUACAAUAUCAUAUUAGAGUCCAAGCCUGAGCCUCAGGUGGAGCUGGUGGUCUCUCGGCCUAUAGGAGAUAUUCCAAGAAUACCCGACAGCACACAUGCACAACUGGAAUCAAGUUCAAGCUCUUUUGAGUCUCAAAAGAUGGAUCGCCCCUCAAUCUCUGUCACAUCCCCUAUGAGUCCCAGUAUGCUGCGGGAUGCCCCCCAGUACCUGUCAGGACAGCUCUCAAGCCAAAGCCUUAGUAGAAGAACAACGCCUUUUGCCCCUAGGGUCCAGGUCAAACUCUGGUACGACAAAGUGGGUCAUCAGCUAAUUGUAACCAUUCUGGGUGCCAAAGACUUGCCACCCAGGGAAGAUGGCCGGCCCAGGAACCCUUAUGUCAAAAUCUACUUCCUGCCUGAUAGAAGUGAUAAAAGCAAGAGGAGAACAAAAACAGUAAAGAAAUCCUUAGAGCCCAAAUGGAAUCAGACCUUUAUGUACUCGCCGGUCCAUCGACGGGAGUUCCGGGAGCGCAUGCUGGAGAUCACAUUGUGGGACCAAGCCAGGGUCAGGGAGGAGGAGAGUGAAUUCUUGGGAGAGAUUCUGAUCGAGUUGGAGACGGCUCUCUUAGAUGACGAACCUCACUGGUACAAGUUGCAAACACACGACGUGUCAUCGAUGCCACUUCCACGUGCCUCCCCCAAUGCACAACGCAGGCAGCUCCAUGGAGAGAGUCCACGGCGGCUGCAGAACAAAGGCUCAUAUUCAUAUAACUCAGGUAACGACCCCUGUGCUACCUGGCCUUGCUGCUCUGUGGAGCACCCUGAUGUUCUUCCUUCCUCUUUAAACAGCAUCCUUGUGCUCCGACUUUCCGUUUCUAUUCCCUAG